GAGGCAGCAGGGACAGCCGCUGCGGCAGCACUCGAGCCAGCUCCAGCCCGCAGCUCGCAGGGAGAGCCAGCUCCAUCCUGCCCGCAGCAGCCCAACCCUGCACACCAACCAUGGAUGUCUUCAAGAAGGGCUUCUCCAUCGCCAAGGAGGGCGUAGUGGGUGCGGUGGAAAAGACCAAGCAGGGGGUGACGGAAGCAGCUGAGAAGACCAAGGAGGGGGUCAUGUAUGUGGGAGCCAAGACCAAGGAGAAUGUUGUACAGAGCGUGACCUCAGUGGCCGAGAAGACUAAGGAGCAGGCCAACGCCGUGAGCGAGGCUGUGGUGAACAGCGUCAACACUGUGGCCACGAAGACCGUGGAGGAGGCAGAGAACAUCGCAGUCACCUCCGGGGUGGUGCGCAAGGAGGACUUGAAGCCAUCUGCCCCCCAACAGGAGGGUGAGGCAGCCAAAGAGAAAGAGGAAGUGGCAGAGGAGGCCCAGAGUGGGGGAGACUAGAGGGCUACAGGCCAGCGCAAAUGCCCUGAAGCGCGCUCCUCUGCCUUGGACACCAUCCCCUCCUAGCACAAAGAGUGCCCGCCUUGAGUGACCUGCGGCUGCCCACGCUCCUGCCCUUGUCUCCCUGGCCACCCUUGGCCUGUCCACCUGUGCUGCUGCACCAACCUCACUGCCCUCCCUGGGCCCUGCCUACCCUCUCGUCCUUCUGACCCCACAUAUGCUGCUGUGAAUUUUUUUUUUUAAUGAUUCCAAAUAAAACUUGAGCCCACUCCU